AUGGCUGACAUUGCCUACAGAAAAACCCUAGAAUUUGAUGGACCAUUAGGUUCAGCCUGGAGAAGCAUCGUAAAUCUUGCAGAGCCUGCAAAUCCUAUCAUCCACGCUGUUCAAUGUCAAUGGUUAACGAUCCUGUCCUUUCUGGAUGAUCAAUUUGUAGUAGUUCAAAAGAUAAUCGAGGCAUUGUUUCCGCCUUCAUCGCAUUUGUUCGUCAAGAAUGACGAUCUUGUGCUUGUGAUAAUGUCCCUGCCAGAAAAAUUCGAUGAUGCUCUGAACAAAAUUCCUGAAAUUAUCCACCAAUUCCCGGCUCUGGAGUGCACAUUGCUCUAUCUAAUCUCGUGGUUAAAUUGUUUGGUUUCUACAUCGAUCCGUUGUGGAUUGGAUUACUCAGAGAGAACUGACAACGAUGAGAGUAAUCAUGAGGGAAUUAGGUUUUUUUCUGUAUUAGAAUCAUCACCAGAGCCUUCUGAAGCUGCAAGCAAAAGGGACGCCAUGGAAGCUUCAACCCAGAAGAGAGGCUCAUACAAGGAAGCAUUAAUGAAAGAUGAGGAUGAGGGUGUGAACGGUGGUGUCCAGAAGAUAGGCUCAUACAAGGAAGCAUUGAUGAAAGAUGAGGAUGAAGGAAGGAUGAAGAAAGAAGAUCAAAUUCUGGGAUUGUUUGAAUCUGGAUGGACUCUAUGA